CUCAUUAGAUCUAAUCCCGAGGUGACUACUGAUUUCAUGCUCGACGCCGCUCGACCCCGCGGCCGCUUGUCGCCACAGCACUUAGGGUACCCCGUGAUACUUUAGUCCCCGAGCCCGACGCCUGAGGGCGAGAUGAACGCGCCGGACUCCCGAACCGCCCGGACCUACGAUCGCUUCUGGCUGCGCGAACCUGCGCUCCUAUCCCCUGGGUGACGCACAGUCCCAAGCUGUCCAGACAGAUGGCUCCAGGCCAAGUGCCCCCUCUGGCCACCCCCUGGAGGGAUGCCCACCCCUUCUUCCUACUGUCUCCGCUGGUGGGCCUCCUUAGUCGGGCCUGGAGUCGCCUGAGGGGCCCAGGACCUCCAGAGCCCUGGUUGGUGGAUGCAGUAACAGAAGAAGCUGCCCUUGAUGGAGAAGCUAAGGCUUUUCUGACCUUCCACCAUGCCACCUGGGGUGGGCACCCUCAAGGAGAGGCUGAAGACAGUAGAGCAGCUGAGGAGGAUGGAGAAGCAGAUGGGAGAGUCUGCCCUGGCCUCAAAGCAAACAGUUCUUUUCUUGAUGCCUUAAAUGAUGAUGACAAAGAAUAUGGUGAAGAAGAAGCAACUAAUGUGGCUAGAGUGCAGGGAGGUGAAUUUACAUGUGGCCAGCCUGCUCCCUCACUCCCCAACCUUCUGAUAAGAACCCUGCAAGACCCUCCUGGGGAGGAAGAGUCUGAGAAAGAGAAGGAAGCAGCUGAGGAAGGAGUUGCCAACAAUACAGAAAUGAUCAAGGCCUUCUCUUAUCCCCUAUCACCCUGGGAGUGCUGCCCAGGGGUGGAAGAAAAAGACAAGGGUAGAGAAGCUGUAAAGAAAGAAGCUCUCAGGACCUCUACUGCUCCCUUAUCUCCAGGCUCCAAGCCCAGUGCUUGGGUGUGUUGUCCAGGGGAGGGAGAGGAGGAGGAGACAGAUGAAGAAGUUGUUCAAGCCACUGAAGAAGAAAGAAGAGCAAAGAAGAAAGAAGCCACGAAGACCUCCAUUUCCCCGUCAUGUUCAGGCUCCAACCCCAGGGCCUGGGAAUAUUGUUCGGGGGAGUCUAAGGAGGAGACGGAUAAAAAUGCAAAGGAAGCAGCUGAGAAAGAAGCUGACCCUGAGUCACAGUCCUCCAGUCUAACCCCAAGGCCUCUGCUCAGGGCCUGGGAGUAUCAGCCCAAUAAGAAAACAGAAGAAGAUGAAGAGGAUGUUGAGGACAGCGUUUCAGGGGCAGCUAAGGAGGUGAUAGAAGCUGAGGAUCCCUUUCCCAUCCUAUCCACAAGUGCCUUCCUGAGGGCCUGGGUGUAUCGGCCAGGAGAGGACACAGAGGAAGAAGAUGAUGAAGACAGUGAUUCAGGAGCAGCUGAGGAGGAAGGAGAAGCUGAGGGUCCUUCCUCCAUCCCAUCCACAAGUGCCUUCCUGAGGACCUGGGUAUAUCAGCCAGGAGAGGAUUCAGAGGAGGAAGGUGAGGACAGUGAUUCAGGAGCAGCUGAGGAGGAAGGAGAAGCUGAGGGUCAUUGCUGCAUUCCGUCCACAAGUCCCUUCCUGAGGGCCUGGGUGUAUCAGCCAGGAGAAGACACAGAGGAGGAGGAAGAAUAUGAGGAGGAUGAGGAUGGAGUAGGUGAUUCGGAAGCAGGUGAAGGAGCAACAGCUGACUCAGGGCCACAUCCCUCCCUUCACACCCAAAGUGCUCUUCUCAGGACCUGGAUUUAUCGACCUGGAGAGGAUACAGAGGAAGAGGGAGCUGCUGAGGAAUGGGGAGAAGCUGAGCCCAGUCCAUUCCGAGUGGCCAUCUAUUUACCUGGAGAGAAGCCACCCCCUCCCUGGCCUCUUCCUAGGCUGCCUCUCCGACUGCAAAGGCGGCUUAAGUCCUUAGAAACCCCAACCCAGAAUCCGGAUCUUGGGAUUCCCCUAAAGGCCACAAAGGUGCACUUCUCAGAGAAAGUCUCUGUCCAUUACCUGGCUGUCUGGGCGGGGCCGGCCCGGGCAGCCCGCCGGGGUCCCUGGGAACAGCUGGCCCGGGAUCGCAGCCGAUUUGCCCGCCGCAUCGCUGGCGUCCAGGAGGAGCUAGAACCCUGCCUCACCCCUGCUGCCCGGGCCAGGGCUUGGGCACGCCUCGGGAACCCACCGUUUUCCCUGACACCCGUACCUGUCCCUACCCAGACCACGCCUUCCUCCUCCGUCCCUUCUACGUUCCCAGUCCCUGCCAGGCACCAGAGCCCCGCAGUGGCCACACCCGUUUCCGCCUCUGCGUGCUCAUCCUUGUCUCCUUGGCUGAACCUCGGGGGGAGGCGUGGCUAAGACCACGUGGUUUGUGUGUUAUUUAUUUUUUUUAAGUGUUGGUUUAUAUAAAGAAUAAAGCCUUUUGGUUUCUAAGGAGCAACGCCUCGGUGUGUCUGAACUGACAGUAUCCACCACUCCU